AUGAGGAUGAGGCCAAUGUUGACGUUUUCAAAGUUAGAUCCCGAGACCGGGGAUUUGUUAGAUAGAAUGUUUGACAAAAAAGAUUGCAUGGUUGAGAUUAAUCCUGGCAGAGUGAUUCUGCCUGCUGACUACACGACAAUAGGACAGGAUAUCCUGGACAUGGAGGUGAUGGAUACCGAUGUCUGGAUGUGCUCUUAUCCCAGGACUGGUUCAACAUGGUGCCAGGAAAUGGUGUGGCUAAUUGGACACGAUUUAGAUUACGAAGGCGCCAGGUCUUUGCAGCAGAUUCGCUGUCCCCUAGUGGAGCUAUCCUGCAUUAUGGUGGCGGGCCACGCGACUUGGUACAAGGAAUCAGUCCAGGGCACGUCUGUUGAUUUAGUGAAAAACCGUCUCCCGUAUCCUCGGUACAUUCGGAGUCAUCUGCCAUGGGACUUACUGCCUAUGGAUAUUGAGCGGGAAGAUGGAACUGCGAAAUCCAAGGUAAUAUACACAUCGCGUAAUCCAAAGGAUAUGGUGGUAUCCUAUUAUCAUUACUGCACCCUAGUGCAUGGACUCAAAGGGACCUUUGAGGAGUUCUGUGACCUAUUCAUGAGAGAUCGAGCACCAUUUGGACCUGUUUGGAAUCAUAUUCUCGGUUUCUGGCGCCGUCGCAACGAUCCAAAUGUCCUUUUCAUAAAAUUCGAAGAGAUGAAGCACGACCUACCUUCCGUAAUAAAGAAAACCGCCGAGUUUCUAAACAAGGACUUAAGUGACAUUCAAGUAGAGAAGCUUUGUGAACAUUUGUCUUUUCAAAAUAUGAAGACCAAUAGAGCGGUGAAUUUGGAAGCUAUUCUUGAAAAAUCUUUUGGCACAAGUUACUUAGAGUCUACGGAUCUAAGAUUUAUAAGAAAAGGCGAGAUUGGGGACUGGAAGAACUACAUGUCAGAAGAUUUGUCAAAUAGAUUUGAUGAUUGGGCUGAGCAACAUUUAAAGGGGACAGAAUUGAGUUUUGAAUAA